CAGUCUCCGGUGUUCGGACGAGCGCAACGGUGCCGUAGCGUGUAUGUACAUAUACCCUCGACACGGGUAUAGUAAUUUUGCUCGACCCGGAUAACAGAUAAACCGAUUUACAGUAUCGCGAUUUAAUUGUUCCGAGAUUACGAAAGAAUCGACAAAAUUGUGGCGGAGAAUCGAGAGACCGCGAAUCGCGAGAAAUGUCGAAAACCCAACUAGACGACGAAGUUUCCGAUCGAGUCGGUAGCGGCAAACUUGGCGACUACGUCAAGAUUUUGCAACUUGCUUUUAAAAGGUGGACGUCGAUCCGCGGGCAACUUCGCGAUGAAAAAUUGAACGAGGAAGCGGAGGAAUUGAUUUUGCCGAGCAACGAAGAUUGGCGGCAGCGCGUUUACUACGGAUUGGUCGAGUUGCAAAGAGCAUGCGACAAGGAGACCACGACCAACAGGGUUGCCGAGACCGAGCUGUCUUUGGAACUAGAAAAGACGAGAGAGAAGGAAGAAGCACAGGACGAUGAAAGAAAGCGGAAAACGAUGGAAAGAUCUCGCGUAUUUAGCCAUUGGGAAUGGGAGCCACGAAUCCUUAGAUCCUCGUCGUCCAAGACAGACGGAGAAACUUGCAAGGUUGACGAAACGGAAGGAUCGAUAUUCUCAAGGACGUAUUCGGGAACAGGAUCGAGAACAGGAUCCGGGAUAGGAUCGAGGAUCAGUGUUGGUCGUUCGAUGACGGAAGCCUGCGCGAAGCCGGGAUGGCGUGUCAACGACAUAGUUCUGGCCGCGAAGGUGCUUCGAAAAGAAUCGAAGUCUCUCGUAUAUUCGGACGAGGCUGAGAUGCGUCGAGUGUUCGGGCUCGUUUACGAUGUUCUGAGGUACAAGAAGAUCUUUUGCCGUGCUCUGAAGGAGGUGGGAUUCUGGCGAUUCAACGACCAGUUGAAACAACGACGAAAAAUCGUCUGGUUGUUGCUGUACGACUUGCAAGGAAGGAAAUUUUCGAGUCGUGGCGAGAUCGACGCCGUCGAGGAGCGCGAGAAGAUUUUUCAGAAUGCCGGAUUGAAGGAUAUCGAAGCGGCUUUGCUGGAGGCGAAAACCCAUCUCGCCGCGAGUCUUUCGCGCCAGCGUAUUCGCGGUUCGGCUCUAAGUCUCGACGAGCUGUUGCCAACGCGUUUGCGGGUCAUCGAAGGCGUAGCUUGGGGUGAACAAGCCGAGGCUGCCGCGCUCGCUUCCGGAUGGAUAAAUUCCAACAAGUUCACUAGCAAGGAAGAGUUUCACGAAGAGAUGUCCAAAUUGAAUUUGAUCCUCUGCGAAGACGAGGGCGCGUCAGAGCUUGGCGACGCCGGAUACAUGUUCGAUCCGAUUUGCCCGAAGAUGAUCGGUCUGCGCGAGGAAGCGCGCGAAACUUUGGCUCGUUCGAGUCUGGUGCACGAUCAUCGGUUCGUUUUCCUGGAGAGAUCGUUGUGCUUGGGAGCGGCUGCUCUGGCGCAAGCGAUGCGCGUCGGUCGUUUCUGCGGGCCGGUGGUUCUGACGCAUCCCCUAGCUCCUCGACACACCGGUUACUUGGCCGAACUGCUUCAGGACAUUCAAGACGCUGGUCGACUGCUGGCAUUCGGAGUUGGCGAACGUCUCGCCGAGUACGAGACGUAUUUGAACGAGCUCGGGGUCACAUCGCAGAGAUGUCGCGUGUUUUCCGAAAAAUACGUAUCGCCCCCAGCGACGGCCGAGUUGGACAGAGCCACCGUGGUUCUGGCGAUUCCGCCGUGCAGUUACACCGGGGUCCGAGACAUCGUCGAUUUAGCCGUGGCGCGCGGCGGUGACGCCGAACUUCUCGAAUCGUUGACGGACGCUUGUGUCGCGGUAGACGACAAUGAUGACGACGAGGUCGGUCGCGAGAUCGAACCACCGUGCGCGCACUUGGCUGAUCAAAUGACCACUUUGAAGUACGCGUUGACCAGGCCUAACGUGCAGUUCGUUUUAUACGAAGCGCACACGGUUUUACCUUCGGAGACCACAGAAAUGAUUCGGCGGGUAGUCGAUUACGCCAAUCGAAUGGCCGUGGCGAGACACGUGCGUGAUCAACCGUCGAAGAAAAAGCUGCAGAAAGAAGGGGGAGAGUCUCGCGGCGAGUUAAACGCUGACAAAUUGGAGCAUCCGGACGACGAGAGGGACGACGAUAGAAUUUUCCCGAAUGUUGUUGUUCCGGACAGCGAUCUUUUCGAGGUAGGCACUAUCGACGAUAUUUACGGGAAGAACAUUAGCAACGUGUUAGAUCCGGGCUGCUUUCUCGCGGUGAUCAAAAGGAAGGAGAUGAUGCAAUUCGACUCGUUGUUUAUGAUCAAAGUGGCGGAAUCGAAGGGUUUGUUCGGCGAUCCGAACGAACGCGAGCGACGUGAAAAAAAACGCGAGCCUGUCACGACCGAUCAAACCGGAUCAUCCUCGCACGUCAAUCCUCGCAAACGAGCCAAGCGUCGAUCCGAUAAUAAGAUCGAGCUGGAUCGUUUGAUCGCGCACACGCAUUGCUCAUUGAUGAGAACCUUGAACGAACAUCCGGUCUGUCCGCGGCAGGAGCGGCUACGGGCUAUGUACGAGAAAAACAACCCAUGGAUGGUGGCAGCGAAAGGUGCUCCAGCAGGUGAGAAGGGGACAGUUUCGCGUGUUGACUGCCACCGGAACAAAGUGACUCCGGCCGACAACUUGCAUUACACGAAUAUUCGCAGCGAAACGUCUCUUUUCAAGAGAAAGGCAAGUAAUCGUACCGAACGAAUCGAUCACGAUCACGUUCUCGCGGAUUACGGUCUAGCAGGAGUUGCGGGCCAUCUAUUCGCUGUAUUCGGCUUGUUCGGAAGUUGAUGCAGCCCGGCAAGAAGCAACGUCCAGCACGGAGAGAACCUCGAAGUCAACACGGAGAUCGUUCGAGUGGUCGAAACUGGGCGCUGCUCGUUUCUCGAAACGGUAACGCUGAUCGCGUGUACAUAUAUACAAAGAUAUCAUCCAGUCGCAACGCGACCCAUUUCGACAUUAACCCUUUCGGUACGAGCGCGUUGUCCGCCGUGACACUCCCACUGUACGGGGUGCCGCGCCGAAAAUG